CUAUAUUAACUAAAAUAUUUUAACAAGUUAUAAAAUAAAAUAUAUUACUUAUCAUGAUCCAGCAAAGAAUUGAAUCCAAAAGUGAAUAUUCCAUCAUUCAUUUACUGAAAAAUGCCCUGAAACGCUUAACGAAGAUUAAAAAUUUCUACAUCUCUAUUCUUAUACCCUUAAUAUUCUCACCCUUAAUUAUAUUUUACAAAACUAAGGAAAUAAAAUCUGUCUUUGUCUGUCUGGUUACCUUAUCAUUCCUAAUAACCGGAGCUCUUCCGAUAGCCCUUUCAUCUCUAAUCCCAGCUUUGUUAUUUCCCAUGUUAGGUGUAUUGACGGUUAAAGAUGUAUCAUCGAUGUACUUUAAGGAUCCUAUUCUAUUAUUCUUCGCAUCUGUCAUAUUAGCGAAAGGUAUCGAAUCGGCCAACUUGCAUAAAAGAAUAGCCCUGAAUUUGUUAAUGCGUUCAGGCUCUAAACCUAUCUGGAUGGCCUCGGGAUUCAUAAUGUCCACAUUUUUCGUAUCUAUUUGGAUAAACAAUGCCUCCACCGCAAUUUUAAUGGCGCCAGUAGCCAUUGGGGUAAUGGAGGAAUAUCAUAAAUUCAAAAAAGUUUCGGUCAUAACUAAAGUCACUACGAUUUCUUCAAAACACGGAUUUCAAAAGGAAAUAGAAAACGGACAAGAGGUAGUUAUUAUCAAUGGUUUCAAAGAAAAUGAAGAUUUAAAUGAUCCUCCCAUCUUGUCAAAGCACGAUGAAGACCAAUUGCGAAACCUUCACAAAUGCAUAUUUAUAGGAAUCACUUAUGCUGUUAAUAUAGGUGGAACGGUAUCCCUCAUUGGUUCCCCUACUAAUUUGAUAAUGAACGGAAGCUUAAAUCUUUAUUUUUCAUCUAAAGCUGAAAUCAGUUUCAUGACUUGGAUUCUAUAUGUCUUUCCGGGUGCAGUUAUCGUCAUAAUUUUAACGUGGAUGCAAUUAUGCUUUUACUUCUUUGGAAUUAGGGAAACUUUUAGUCAAAUGGGAAGCAAAAAUUACAAGGAAGAUCCGAGAUUGUUUAUAAAAGAACAACUAAACAAAUUAGGAAAAAUGAAACAAAAUGAAAUCACAAUUCUAUGCUUAUUUGUCACGCUAGUCGUUUUGUGGAUUUUCAAAAAUCCUAAUUUUGUUCCUGGGUGGCAAGUAUACUUUGAAAAAAGCUAUAUCUCUGACGCGACACCCGCGCUAUUGAUUGCUUUUCUACUCUUCAUAUUACCAACGGAUAUUAGGUCCGUGCUUCUUAUCAAAGAUGACAAUGGAGACAUCCCUGAUUACCUGCCUUUGUUAAUAUGGAGAGACAUUUAUCGUGACUUGAUGUGGGAUAUCAAUUUGUUUAUAGGGGGUGGAUUGGCUCUGGUUGCCGGAUUUGAGAGUUCUGGGCUUUCAAAAUUGUUCGUGAAUUAUUUUGGCCUAUUUCGCAAUUUACCGAAGCAACUUAUCGUUCUCAUAUUUUAUGCUUUAACCUGCUUAAUGACUGAAUUGCUCAGCAAUAUCGCCACAGCUAGUAUAAUGAUGCAAAUAAUCUCGGAUAUAGCGUUAAGUAACAAAGUAAACCCCUUGUAUUUUAUGUUCCCCGUUAUCUUGGCCGCCUCUUACUGCUUCAUACUACCCAUUGGAACUGCACCUAAUGCGAUUCUCUAUUCGGCUGGAAAAUUAAAUUUUUUUGACAUGGUAAAACCGGGAAUAAUGGUGCACUUGAUAUGUAUGGUUGUGACCUAUUUGUCCAUCAAUAGUUACGGUAUACUCAUUUUUAAAGUAAAUAAAUUCCCAGAUUGGGCGGUCAUUCUAAAUAACACAAAAUCGUCAAAUAUCAAUUGAUAUUUUUAAAAGUUUCAAAAUAAUUUGGGUUUAUAGACUUUUGUAUUG